AUGACGUGGCGUGAGGAGCUACGUAGUCGGCAGUUCUGGCGUGCCAUGAUGGCAGAGCUGCUCGGCACCCUGGUGUUAGUGAGCGCUGUGCUGGGUGCCUCGGUGCCAGGCCCUGGAGAGGCCCCCGGGGGACCCCUGUACCCAGCUGUGGCAGUGGGUGUGGCGAUUGUGGCAAUAGCGCACUGUUUUGGAGAAAUAAGCGGAGCACAGGUGAACCCUGCUUUGACUCUGUCUUUCAUGACCACACGGAGGCUGGAUGUUCUUCGGGGCCUUGUUUAUAUGACUGCUCAGUGUUUGGGGGCCUCUUUAGGAGCCGGAGCCCUCUACCUGGCUCUGCCUGUCAAAACCACUGCAGACCAUUUUGUCAACAAGGUGCCCAUUGAGUUAAAUGCAGCUCAGGCUCUUGGCAUUGAGGUUCUGUGCACCUUCCAGUUGGUCUUCACUGUCUUCUCAGUGGAGGACCAGCGACGGAGGGAGAGUCCAGAACCAGGAAACCUGGCCAUUGGAUUAGCACACAGCGCUGGAGUGCUAAUAGGGGCUCGGUUCUCAGGUGCGAGUAUGAAUCCUGCGCGCUCUCUGGGUCCAGCCAUCAUCACCGGCUUCUGGGAAAACCACUGGGUUUACUGGAUCGGACCGGUGCUCGGUGCUGUUCUGGCCGGAGUGUCCCAUGAGUUCUUCUUUGCACGCAGCGCCUCUCGUCAGAAGCUGGUGGCCUGUUUGACCUGUAAAGACAUUGAGAUCGUAGAGACGACCAGCAUGACGGGAUCAUCUCUGUCCACCGUCACACAGAACGCAAGAGCCAAGCAGGCCAACAAACAGGAGAACAACUGA